UUGAAGGUCGCUUCCGAAGACGAGCCGCAGUCAUUGGCUGAGGCUGAGCAGCUUCUCAAUCAACAUGCAGCUAUUCGUGAAGAGAUUGACGGCUAUGCUGAGGAUUAUAAGAAAAUGCGUGCCAUGGGAGACCGUGUCACCCAGGACCAGACCGAUCCACAGUACAUGUUCCUUCGACAACGCUUGGCUGGUCUUCAAGAAGGCUGGGAAGAGCUGCAACGAAUGUGGGACAACCGUCAGCACCUUCUCAGCCAGGGACUCAACCUACAGAUGUUCCUUCGCGAUGCAAAACAAGCCGAGGUCAUGCUGUCCCAACAAGAGAAUUACCUUACCAAGGACGAACCUCCAAGCAGCUUGGAACAAGCCGAAAAUAUGCUUAAGAGGCAUCAGGACUUCAUGACAACUAUGGAUGCUAAUGAUGAGAAGAUCCGCGCUGUUGGAAUGUUUGGUGAUCAACUCUGCCAAGAUGGUCAUUACGCAGCCGAUAAGGUAAGAUGUUCUGAAUAA